AUGUGGAGACCAGUAGCUGUCCCCUUUCAGAACUCCCAGCCUCUGUCUACUCUACCUAAAACAGAUGAAAUCCGCGCUUGCAGCAAUUUUCUACGAUUGGGAAGGCUAAGCUUUGGUUUAUCUGGAACGACACAUCCCAGAAGUUCCAGCCCCUCGACUCCAUCUUUGGCGCAAUGUGAGAAGGAUGAAAUCAUCGCAAAACUCGAACUAAUAUUCGACACAAUGCGAAAAGCCGAGUGUCUAUGGCCCGACUUUUUCGGAGGCCUGGGCGGGAGUGGCAUACAAUGCUACCUAUUCCAUAGGCAACAUGGUGAUGGGAAAUUUCUAGGGCCCUUCUCUAGCGAACCUGCCUUCGUUGCGGGCCUUGUCGAGCCUUGGUCGAAUGCAAUAAUCACCCAGACUACAAGGCUCUCUUUUACGAAAAAAAUACCUCCCUCCCGUCCUUCAAGGCCACCGGCCCACAUUGACGCAGGGGACGCUCAGCAGAAGAGCAUUAUGGUCGUGGAGAAUACAAGUCACCCAGGUGAUCAAGUGGGGCGAUCAUUUGACGUCGUACUGGUCGAUUGGAGAAUUCUGGCUGGUUUCCUGACUUCUGGGAAUUAUUUUGUGCAUCUUAUCCCCUUAUUUUCCAGUGGGAUGAAGACUGGCCCUGGCGAGUCCAGGAAUUUAUUCGAGUAUGGCCCGCCGAGAUGGCCGUAA